UGGCCUCGGCUGAUGUGCGCCGGCGCAGCCAAUGGGAGCGCGGCGGGGCGGAGAGAAGCGGCAGAUUGUACUCCAGUGUAGUGCCGCUACCAGCAGCAGCAGCAGACGCGUCUCACGCGCAGUCUGUCGCACUUCAGCAUCUUUCCGGUUAAUGGAUUACACAAUUUCCCUCCUUGUGCAAAAUCAGCUGGGAGUCUUCCCGACGCACGUCUGUCAGAGCUACAGUGUGGAGUUACAGAUGAAGUCAACAGAAGUGGAUCAAGGGCUUUUCACAGACAGCUACUGCAAAGUGUGCAGUGCUCAGCUCAUCUCGGAGUCCCAGAGGGUUGCCCAUUAUGAGAGUCGGAAACAUGCCAACAAAGUGAGGCUGUACUACAUGCUGCAUCCUGUGGAUGGUGGCUGCCCGGCCAAGAAGCUCCGAACAGACAAUGGCAGCGAUGAGGGUGACGUGGACAAGAAUAAAUGCUGCACAUUGUGUAACAUGUCCUUCACCUCAGCGGUGGUGGCACAGUCUCACUACCAGGGUAAAAUACACGCCAAGAGGCUAAAAUUACUACUGGGAGAGCAGCCGGCCAUCACAGCCAAAGAGGCUUCUCCCAGUCCUAGCCCGUAUCCCAAGAGCUCUCCAGAAACAUCUCCUAUGACCUCCCCGCGGCAGCGCAGAGACUCGGAUCGCUACUGUCAGCUAUGCAACGCCUGGUUCAACAAUCCUGGCAUGGCUCAGCAACACUACGACGGCAAGAAGCACAAGAAAAAUGCAGCCAGAGCGGAUCUGUUGGAACAGCUAGGCAAAACCCUGGACAUGGGAGAGAUGAAAGGACUGAAAAAAAGCUACACGUGUGAAGUUUGCAGUGUCACACUCAACUCUGUGGCGCAGUACCAUGCACAUCUGCAGGGCUCAAAGCACCAAAACAACCUGAAGAACCAGAUAUGUGUCCAGUGAGCAUGGGACGGUGACAAUAAAAACAACAACUUCUGGAUUGAUGUCAGACAAGCUGUCAGCAGCUUGCCCUGCUUUUCUGCCUCUGCUCUUCUCAGCAUCUUUUUGACCCCUUUUUUGCUCCAUCAUUCGACUUCAUUGGUGUCGGCCACCCUGACAAACAGGGGGAUAAAGAAAUGUGUUCUGAACACUCCAGCAUGACAUCAGAUCUCACCUUUGGUCAAAAUCGACAGUUCUUCCACAUUUCCAUCACCCUUCCAUGGUCGAUCUGUGACAUUACUCUACAGCUGUGAUCUGUGUUUCCUCUCUUUUUAUCUAGAAAUAGUUUAAGAGCAUUUAAAAGUGGAUCUGAUACACAGCUGCCUUUUUUGCAAAUGCAUGGAUUCAAUUAUGUUUUACUUCACAGAAAUGUUAGGUAUAAUAUGCUUACAUUUGAUUUGAAUCUGCGGUUUUGUUGUCCUAUUCCUAAAUGAAAUGGUGCAUAUUUUUUGGGAUUAUGCCUAAUCUUAUUUCUUGAUAUAACAACAAAACUCUAGUUGUUUCUUAAUUUUUGCAUGGCACGCACUUGCAUUUUUUUUAAAUACAUUUUGAACUGGACCUAAAUGCCCUUUCUGCAUAAAACAGAUUAAUAGCAA